AUGGGUAGCAGGAAAGCAAGGUGGACGAUCUCUCUGAGGUUUCGGCCAUUGAAGUUUGGGCGACAAUGGCCAUCGGAGUUCCUGUGCCCUAUCUCCAUGGCUCCAAUGGCUGACCCAGUCAUUGUUUCUUCUGGCCAGACCUUUGAGAGGAGAUGCAUCGAGGCCUACAAGGAAAUGGGAGCCAUGGCCAUGACCUCCACUCAAUUAGACGUUUCAGCCCUUAUCCCUAAUCUUGCCCUCAAAACUGCCAUUUCCAACUGGUGUGAUGAAUGGGGCUUGAAGAAGCCUAGUACCCCUGAUCCCAAAACUUCGAAGGAGCUUGUGCAGGCGUUCGUUGCUCUGCAACGAAGCCCCAAGAAUGGAACCAAAGUCUUUGAGGGAAAGCCGGAAGAAAUCAACGAUGAAACCCAAGUUGCAGAGGAAAAUCUAAACCCCAAGGAUGAAACUAAAGUUGCAGAGGACGAAAAACCUAGCCCCAAUUUUGGAACCAGAUAUGCAACAGAGAAAAAACCAGGAUUCGAUCAGGAAACCAGAGUUGGAAUACAGGAAAAGCCUAGCUUGACGGAUGAAAUUCGAGCUAAAACAGAUGGAACACUGUGCCCCGAGUACAAAAACGAUGUCGGAGAGGAGGUAAAAAGAGGAGAACAUAAGGAUCAAACCAGAGUUGCAGUGGAAAAACCAGAGGAAGAGCGAGAUGAAACCCGAACCUCAGAGAAGAAACCAGUAGAAGAAAAAAUGGAAGACGAGAAGAGAGUUGCUGAGGAGAAACCAUUAGAAGAAGAAAUGGAGGAUGAGAAGAUCUUGAAAGGGGUACAAGAGAAACCACCCAUUAAAUUCUCUUAUGCCGCCACAGAAGUAGGCAGGCGAAACCGACACCUCCAUAGCUCCAGCUCCGAAUCCAUGGCCAUGGCCACCCCUCUACAACUCUCCACCAAACCAACCUGCUACUCCUCUUCCUCAUCUUCUAUCUCCUCCGAAGCCAUGGACGAAGUCGGAGGCUUACCGGAGGUCCUGGACACCCUCAUAAGAGGACUCCGCCACCCGCGGGUCAUCGACCAAGAAGCAGCUGUUGCCGAGCUCCGCCAAAUCUCUCGCAACGGCAGCCAUGACUGUCGUCUUUCCCUCUGCACUUCGUCUAUGUUAGUAGCCCUCCGUACUUUGUUAACAAGUCGCAAUACAAGAGUUCAAGUCGAUGCCAUAGCCACCCUUGUGAACCUUUCACUCGAACGUGAAAACAAGGUGCGUAUUGUACGGUCGGGCGUGGUACCCCCACUUGUGGAUGUGCUCAAGGCCGGUUGCCCUGAGGCUCAAGACCAUGCUGCUGGUGCCCUCUUUAGUCUUUCACUGGUCGACGACAAUAAGACCGCAAUUGGCGUUCUUGGCGCUGUUCCACCACUCGUCCACCUGCUUUUGAGUGAUGGAAAUGCCCGUCGUGGCCGACUUGAUGCUGCAAUGGCUUUGUACCAUUUGAUGCUCGUGCGAAGCAAUGUUGGGCGGUUGGUGCGGUCAGGUGCAAUGUCCCGCAUGCUCACGCUCACAUGUACCUGUUCCGACCCUGAGCUUACAGAGCGAGCAUUACUGAUUCUAUGCAAUGUGGCUGCAACUUCAGAUGGCAGGACUGCGAUGCUGGAUGCCGACGCUGUCUCCGCACUGGCAGGGUUAAUGGGCAGGAGCAGUGUGCAGGUGGUUCAGGAGCACUGUGUGGGGGUAUUGUAUUUGCUAUCGAGGAAUGAGUUGCGGUUUAAGGGGGCAGCAGUGGCAAACGGGGUGGCGGAGAGGCUGGCGGAGGCCAUCGAGAAGGGGGGAGAAAGGGCUAGGGAAAAGGCGGGGAGGUUGUUGAAUAUGAUGAAGGGGUGGUCGGAGGAUGAUGAUGAUGAUGCAUGUUCAGAGUCUGUGAUCCCAGGGCGGAGGCGCCGGCUCAAGAUGGUGUUGCUCUCUGGGCCGAAUUCCACUGAAUUCUGA